AAUAGCACCACCCAUGGUAAAUAAAUUAAUCGACAAGAACGGAACACAUGACCGGGGAAGGGCGCGGUAAAAAAAAGUGCGCCACAGUCAUAGGAAGCAGCACCUUGCAUGACAACUAGCCACAUCGCUUGAGCCACAGAGCCUCGACAAGAUGUCCGCAGAAGACAUGGAGAUGAAACACCGGGGGUCUGACCAGCAGAACGGCUCUCUCACCGCUAAGGAGCCUCCCGGAGUGGAGACCGUCCAACUCAAGAAGCGGGUCGGACUCUUCAGCGGCGUGGCGCUGAUCGUCGGCACCAUGAUCGGUUCGGGAAUCUUCGUGUCGCCGAAGGGCGUGUUACGAGAGGUCGGCGGAGUCGGGCCUAGCCUGCUGGUCUGGACCGGUUGUGGAGUCAUCUCAAUGAUGGGAGCCCUAACAUACGCCGAGUUGGGAACAAUGAUAAAAGAGUCCGGUGGAGAGUAUGCCUACCUGUUCAAGGCCUUCGGUCCCAUCCCGGCCUUCCUGUUCCAGUGGACGAACGUCAUCCUGCUCAAACCGUCCUCCCUGUCCGCCAUCGCUCUCAGCUUCGCCAUCUAUGUGGGACAGCCAUUUUACCCGGCAUGCGUUGUUCCCGACGCUGUGGUCAAGUUCCUAGCCGCUGUCUGUAUCGUCUUGGUGACCUCCCUGAACUGUAUAAGUGUGAAGGUGGCCGCCCGUAUCCAAGUCUUCUUCACCGCUAUCAAGGUGUUGGCCCUGGGGGUCAUCAUUGGUGUCGGCAUCUACUCUUUGGCUAUAGGUAACACGCUGUGGCUGACUCCCGAGAAGGCCUUCCAGACCGGACACACCAUCACCAUCUCUGACGUCGGUCUGGCGUUCUACCAAGGACUGUGGGCUUACGAUGGCUGGAAUAACCUGAACUUUGUGACAGAGGAAAUCCAGAAUCCUGUCAGAAACCUUCCCCUGGCCAUCAUGAUCAGUAUCCCGUUAGUCACCCUCCUGUACGUGCUCGCUAACGUCGCCUACUUCUCCGUCAUGACUCCCUCCGAGCUACUGGCGUCAGGAGCUGUCGCAGUGACGCUGGGAAACAGAUACCUGGGAGUGAUGGCAUGGUUAAUCCCGUUUUCGGUAGCCUCCUCCACAUUUGGCGCGUGUAACGGAUCGGCCUUCACUGGGGCCAGGUUGUGCUACACGGCUGCGCGGAAGGGCCACAUGGUGGAGAUCCUGUCCAUGAUUCACGUCAAGCUCCUGACGCCUUCUCCAGCCCUCAUGUUCAACUCGUUCAUCGCCCUCAUCAUGAUCAUCCCGAACGACUUUGACGCCAUCAUCAACUACUUCAGCUUCGCGGCCUGGAUGUUCUACGGCAGCACCUGUCUGUCACACAUCGUCAUGAGGUUCACUCAGCCUGACGCCGAGAGACCCAUCAGGACGCCUGUGAUUUUCCCCGCCCUGGUUGUGAUCGCCUCCCUGUACCUGAUCGUGGCGCCCAUCAUCAGCGAGCCCAACCUGUGGUACCUGUACGCCGCCAUCUUCAUCCUCGCCGGGCUGCUCUUCUACUUCCCGUUCGUCUACUUCGGCUACCACCCUCCGUUCAUGAAGUACAUCACGAUGUUUCUGCAGUUGUUGAUGAACGUAUCGCCGCCCACCGAGGCACCGAAGGACGUAUAACCCGUAACCAACACAAACCGACUUAUCAUCGUCCAGUCAUCACCCAACAUACUCGUGUCGUCGACUGUUAUUUGAAGAGUUUAUAAUUAACGUCUCGUUAGACUGUAGAGUAAAUAUCCAACACUCUGUACAUAGUGUAAUCUAAACUGGGUGGAACCAUCUUCGGCAGGGCAGGGGUGUUUAAAAACACAAACAUGAUACAGUACUAUGGCCAACAAAAUUGUCCCUUCUCUAGUUGGUCUUUUAUUCAAUCUAUGUGCCAAAUAAUAUGAUAAAAUGUACUGCCAGGGACACUAACUUCAGAAGGUCAAUAUAUAUAGUUAUAGAUAGGUACAUAGCAGAGCCUUGUAAUGUUUGAACUGAUAGGGAUGGACCGGUCACACUCCCUGGCCAUGUAGCACGUAGUAAGGGACUUUAUUUCCUGUUUCGGUAGCUAUAGGUAUUGUAGAUAUCUAGAACGAGAUUACUAGUAUUUAAGUCAUGGAAUGAUUACUAAAAGGAUUUGUUUCAUGGUGUAACACAUAAGUAUAGUAUGCCAAAGGUGUGUUAUUUGCAACUGCCAAAGUUAUACCUCUGGGUAGCAUAUACAUGUACUACUUUGUUUUCCCUCAAAGUUCAAGAUAUCUGAUACCAUUUGUUUCAUUGUACCUCGAUAUGCUGUCAUUAUUUACAAAGUGCACAAAAUGUAUAGUGCGUCCGGUGUAGGCUGUGGUACUGACUUAACUGGAGGUAACGUUACAUGUAAUACCGUUCCAAAACACAGAACCAAAUCUUACUGUACUAUAGCUAUCAUUAUGAGAAGUCUGGUCAAAUAUUCUGCCUAUAAGUAUAAUUAAAUGUUCGAAGUGU